AUGUACUUCUUCCUUGCCAAUUUCUCCUUACUGGACAUCUGUUACACUUCCACCAAUGUCCCUCAAAUGCUUUCCAGACUGGUCGGAGAGAGAAAGACCAUCUCAUUCAUUGAAUGUCCCACCCAAAUGUAUUUCUCCCUCUCCUUUGGGAUGAUCGACUGUGUUCUUCUUGGGGUCAUGGCUUAUUAUCGAUAUGUGGCCAAAUGUCGCCCAUUGCAUUACACUGUUAUCAUGAAAAGAGCGAUAUGGGUCCAGCUGGGAAUGACCUCGUGGAUCAGCAGCUUUCUGAGCUCCCUGGUGAUCAAUGCCUUCACUUCGAGCCUGCCCUACUGCGGGCCCAAUGUACUAAACCAUUUCUUCUGUGAAGUGCUGACGGUCUUGAGGCUGGCAUGUACAGACAUUUCCCUCUCGGAGAUAGUGGUGUUUGUCUUCAGCAUCAUCAUAGUCUUCAUUCCUUUUCUCAUCAUCGUGGUGUCCUAUGACUGCAUCCUCAUGUUCAUCCUUGGGAGACAUUCCACAGUGGUGAGGCGCGGGGCCUUUUUGCCAUGUGUUUCUCACCUGACCAUGGUGGCUCUCUUCUAUGUGAUGGCCAUUUUUGUGUACAUGUAG